AUGUUUUUAUUAUGCAAACAAAAUAAUAAUUCAAUCUAUUACAAACUGUUUAUUAUUCAUCGAUAUUAUUCAAACAGAUUGACGUGCAAAGCUGCAGAGGCAUUCGAACUGCUCGGUAUACCAACAUCCAGUACACCAGAAGAUUGCCGACAAGCUUAUCUUAAACUAGCUCGUAGUAAUAAACAGAAAUGUAGUCACAAUAACCAGAAUAACGAUGAAUUACAAGAGGUAGCAACGGCUGAAUUCCAACGAUUACACGAAGCAUAUACAAUUGCUUAUGAAAUCUGUCAGCAUAAUCAAAAGUUAAAUAAUAAUAACUUUUUACAAGAGGAUGAUGAGCUGAACAAUGAUAUUGAAAGAUUUCAAUAUAAAGCACCACAGCACAGACGUUAUCUAGACUUGGGAAGACAAGAACAACAUGUCGAAGGUGGAAAUUUAAGUGAACGCCGAAGAUUUAUACAAUCACAAAGGAUAGCCAGAGCAUUACAAGGUGCUGCAGACUGUAGAAUUAAAAAAAUUAUGGAGUCUGUGAAUUAUGAUGAUGGUGAUGCCAAAACUGGUCCAGGAGAUUGUAAUCGAUUAAUUUCUAAGGGAAGACGUGUUAGUAGCAAGCAUAGAGAAUUAAACAAGUCUACAUCCAUCAGUUAUUUUGAGCGUGUAGCUGAAGAACACAUUCAAAAUGCUAUAGAACGUGGAGAAUUUAAUAAUUUAUCUGGACAAGGUCGUCCACUUGAUUAUAAUAAAAAUGUACAUGUUUUUGGUGAUUCAACUGUUACACGUGUCAAUCAACUAUUAGCUAAUCAAGGCUUUUUACCGAAAUGGGUUCUACUAAAUAAAGAGAUAAAUUCACGUUGGAGUAUUGCAUUUAAUAAAUUAAAGUCCAUUUACAAUACAGAAGGCAAUGUAAAUUCUUCAGCAUGGCUAAAAGCUUUUCAGGAUUUCGAGGCUGAAGUGAAAGAAUUGAAUCAAUUAUUAGAUCAAUACAAUCUUAUAGUCCCUAGUCAUCAUGUGCAACGUUUUCAUUUCAAUACUAAAUCCACUAUCGAGCAGUUGAUGACAGCUGAAAAUUCACAAGAAACAGAAGAGAAAGACAAUCCAACCAAUGAUCAGAAUGAAAACGAUCCACCACCGAAAAGUGAUAAUGAUAAGAAGAGUCUAUGGGAUCCACGUUUUAUGGCAGAAGUUAUGAGCGAUUUCUAUCGUGAACUGGUUAAAGCAUAUGUGAGUAUUAUACGAGGAUUUAAAGAUCAUAAAUAA